AUCCUCCUUUUACACUGUUUUUAUAUAUUUAUAUAUAUAGUUGUUGAAGUUCACUCUAUAAGAGCUAGCAUAGCUAGUUUUUGGAUCAUGGGAGAGUCUUCUUCUUCUGCUUCAUACAUUCAUAUGGUGCAGCACCUGAUUGAAAAGUGUUUAAUCUUUCACAUGACAAAGGAAGAAUGCAUGGAAGCUCUCUCUAAGCAUGCAAAUAUCAAACCUGUGAUAACAUCAACUGUGUGGAAUGAGCUGGAGAAAGAAAACAAGGAAUUUUUUAAGGCUUAUGCUCAAUCCAAGAGUAAAGAUGACCGAAUGUCCGAAGAAGAGACAAACCAAAUGAUACAGAAGAUGAUCUCUGAUUCGUCUAAAGGUUCAUGCAACGAUUGAUCGAUCAGCCAUUGAAAACGAUCUUACCUCUAUGUUUCGCUUCAUCAGUUCCUCUAAGUGUUCCUCUCUCUUUACUCUACUUUUUAGUGUCUCUAGCUACAUUACUAUAUAUUGUAAGUGGUCCCUAUUCAAUGCAUGGACGGUUGUUAUUAUUUUAAUAUUUUAUAAUAAUAUGUAAUAUAAAGUUCUCAUACUGAGGGAUCUAGUACGGAGAUUGUCUGGUUCUCAUGACCAAUAAAUUAAAGAUCCCUAUCUUAUGUAAAAGCUAUGUGAUCCAUGAAUUAGCAAAUAACUGAAUGCCAU